AUGCAAUUGCUGCAGCCUGCGCUCUACCAGGAAAUUGUCGGCCGGUUCGAGUGCAACUUUUCCCUCGCCGCGAAGCCUCCUAGUGCAGCAGAAGUAGCUGCGGCGACAGCAGACGCAAAGGAGGCUGCCACUGCUGCCGCUGCACGGAGUGCAGCAGACGAUGAUGAUGAGAUCACAGCAGCAGCAGCUGCCUCUGUAGCUGAGGCAGCCGCUGCAGAAGCAGCCGCCGCCGCGGAAAAAGUCUCCGCGGCUUCUGUGGGGGCUGCUGCUCUCGUGCCUGCUGCAGCGCAGCGCUCCAUAGCAAUGAGCAGCAAUUGUAGCAGCAGCAAUUGUAGCGGUCGGAGGGGAGUGUUGUACAGCACAAUGCUCGACAGAGCCUAUGACAUAGAAGAAGAAGAAGAGCGACUUACAAAGCAAAAGCAAGUGUGGAAGGCGCAAGAAGAUAGCUUUUAUGGCGAGCUCAGGCGUUGCAGCAGCAGCAGCGACAACAGCAGCGCUCGCAGCAUUUUAAGAGAUUCAGGCCUUGCAGAGAGAUGGAACGAAAGCAGGAGGCGUGUUCAACAUGUAGCAAAGCUAGUCGUCACACUGCCACUGGGCAUGUUAGCGGAAAUAAGGCUUUUGCAUGAACAAUUCCGAGGGAUGUGUGUUUCCAAGUGGGAGCUGGGGGCAGCAAGUGUAUUCGCAGCAGUAUAUGGGGCUGCAGCAGCUCAGGAGGCUGGAGAACGAGCCCGAUAA